AUGAAUGGAGCUGAAUUUGGUAAUUCCUCCUUGACAGUUGAAGAAGCCCGACCAAGAGACCGUGAUGGUGGUGCCUCUGGUGGUCGUGGCGGCAGAGGAGGUUUUGGUGGUAGUGGCAGAGGAGGAAUAUUUAGUGGAGGAAGAGGUGGUAGAGACGGAGGUAGGUCUGGUGGCAGGGGAGGACGUUUUGGGGGUAGUGGUGGUAGUGGAGGUUUUGGUGGUGGUGGCAGAGGAGGACGUGGAACUAUAUACUUCAAUAGGAAAAAGACGGGAGGCAUAUCUUUCAACACUACGAUGCAGUUGACUCACAUUGAUGAGAAGCUUUGCUAUCAAAUUCUGCAUGAGUAUAAGAUAUACAACGCAGAGCUUCUGUUCCGUGAGGAUUCUACAGUGGAUGAUCUCAUCAAUGUUAUUGAAGGAAAUCGUAAAUACAUGAAGCGUAUUUAUGUGUAUAACAAGAUUGAUGUGGUUGGUAUUGAUGACGUGGACCACCUAGCUCGGCAACCAAAUUUUGUCGUCAUUAGUUGUAAUUUGUAG